CUCUACUAAUAGAUUAUUGUGUCAUGUAUUUGGAUAAAAUACCUUUGGAAUAUUUAUAUAUAGACGCUACUAUGGACUAUACUUUUGGUAUGUAUUACUACAUGUACAAAAUAAACAAGUGAUAUCUCUGCACACGUGUUAUCUCAUUUGGUUCGUUUUGUUAUCCGCUUAAUAAAACUACUGUAUAGAUAUAUCAAGACCGUUUCAUUCAGUUGUGGCACAGACGCCUGUGCGUGUACACGACUUGUUGAAAAGUUUAUUUUAAAUAUUAACAUGAGUACCAAAGUGGCGGUGGUGACCGGCGCCAAUAAAGGCAUAGGGUUCGGUAUCGUCAAACUCCUACUCCUAAGAUAUGAUGGAGUAGUCUACUUGACUUCGCGAGACGAAACAAGAGGAAAAGAAGCCGUAACCAAGCUGGAGGCGCUUGGCUUGUUUCCCCUGUACCAUCAGCUCGACAUCGCAGAUCGAGACAGCAUCCUCAGAUUCCGAGACCACAUCGAAAAGACCCACGGAGGUAUCGACAUUCUGAUCAACAACGCAGGAGUUUCGGCGGGCUUAGAGGUCGAUAGCACCUACGAAGAGGCAAAAUACGUCAUCGACAUAAACUACUUCAGCAUUCUGACCAUUAAAGAACUUUUGUUCCCGCUCCUCAGAGACGACGCGCGUGUGUUAAACAUUUCUAGUGACUGUGGACACCUCUCCAAUGUGAAAAAUAAGUACUGGGUACAAAGAUUGUCUCAAAAAGACCUGAAAGUCGAGGAUGUUAACGAAUUCGUGAAUUGGUACUUGGAUUCCAAAAAGAACGGCACCUUCAACCGCGAAGAUAUAGCUGACGGUGGAACAGUUGCCAGUUACAGAGUCGCGAAGGUAGCGUUGAGUGCUGUUACCAUUAUCCACCAGAAGGAACUGAAGGGGACUAACAUAUCAGUGAACUCUAUGCACCCAGGACUAGUGAGGACUGGAAUGACGGGAGAGGUCGGGUUCUACAGCAUCGACGACGCGGCGAAGGUACCGGUUGACCUGGUGUUGGACGCGCCGGAGACCCUGAGAGGCGCAUACGUGUGGUACGACGGCAAGGUCCUCGACUGGUACGACUACAACGCCGACUACUACUUCAAGACCGUCACCUUGUUUGAGUAACGAUUGUUUUGUGAGUAGAACGCAGUUGUUAAUAAAAUUGCGUAAUUUUUAUUACCAACUUAUUUUAAGAUUCUUUGUAAGUGUAUUAUUGUUCUGUGGUCGCAUGUAAAACAAUAUAGAAAAUAAAAAAUUCAAGUCAUUUGGUGGAAUGAAAUCUAUUUAAAAAUUCACUUCCUCAAGAUAUAUUGUGUAUCGAUUUAAUUUUGUAUUCUGUAAUUAAUAAAUCGACAUAUACCGAUAUAA